AAACUUCAAAGUCAAGAGCUUCAAACACUCCAUGACCCUGUCCAGCGUCGACAGCAGCGCCUGGGCCGUCUUUAACGGCCCCAACGAAGCCCGAAUCGACGGACCACCCGUCGAAUACGGCGCGGAGGAGCAAACCUACGCUACUGAUUUGCGCCAAUGGUAUUACGAAGACGGCAUGGCCAUGGUAGCCGAUUACCAAUUACAAGCCUCGAUUGAGCAGGAAAGUCGCGAGGCUACUCCCUACAGUACCGGUGGAUUCAGUGAUUCAGGGAGUGUGAACAACGUUGAUGGGCGCGCGGACUCCUCCUUCUCGUCGAGUCGGGGCUCCGGCUCCGGCUCACGAAGGAGGAAAUCUCAUCGUCGAAUUACCAUCCAUGAGUUGCGCGAUGGGAGGAGAUAUGCGGAGGUGGGGUCGCCGAGUAGUAAGGAGGAUAUACAUGAGUUGAGGGAUGGGACGGUGUAUGCGAAUUUUUA